CGAACGCCAUUUUGUGAAGACCGUUGCGGUUGUGAAGUGAAAUUGUUAUUUAAAGAAUUGGUUCUUUUUAUUAGUAAACCUUUAUCUGCGUGGCAGAGGAAAGUUCGACGCCAUCGGAAGUGAGAAGUUCCCUGUGCCACUGGCUGCAACACAAGCCCAAAGCAUGAUUGAUCCAUCCCUGUGCUUAACAGUUGGAGAGAAACAGUAAAGAUGUAUCAGCUUCCUGUAACCAAGUUGGAAACAAUUAGAAAAUCCAGGAAAAAGGUGAAGAUGAUCUUGUCUGACAUGGGCCUACAAUACUGUAAAGAAUUGCUGGAGGAAUUUAAAAGUUAUAAUCCGGGGGAUUACUAUGUGAAAAACACAUCAUGGACUGACUUUUCAAUAUGGCACCCAAGUAAAAAAUCAAAGGCCUAUCGAGCAAAACCAUAUUGCUGUACCCUUUGCAACUUCUCAACAAAAUUUAAUUCUGCUUACAAGAUUCACAUGCGAUGUUACCAUGAGGAUGAAAUGGAUAUGGAAACAUUGAUCAGCUGUCCUAACUGCACAUAUAUCGCUCAUCCUAAACAUAUAAAGAAGCAUACCAAAAUAUUCCAUAUUGAUAUUCAGAGAGCGUCCAACAUUGCUAGCCAUGUCAACACAGAUCAAGGGAGACAGAUACAACCCAAAGUUUAUCAAGGCAAAAUGUCGAAUCUAGUCCAGCCAGUUUAUUUUUGCAGAAUAUGUUCUUAUAAAGAUGUAUCAUUGUAUGCCAUAAAGAAACAUGUCCUUUUAUCCCAUUUUGGUGGUUUAGUAAAUACCUAUAUUGGUCAGGUAGAGGACCAGGUAGAGCUUUCAGUAUACAAGUAUUUUUGUAAAGGAUGCCAAAUGAAAAUGGUCACCUAUGAUGCCUUACUGUAUCAUGUUCUGGACAAACAUAAGGAAGUAGAAGGUCCAGUGAAAGCUACAAUUGGACAUAUAACAGAGCUAAGACCCAGGCCAGUUAUUGCUCCUAAACCUGAAAUAAGCAAGACUUCUCUGCCAGUGCCUCUCAAUAUCAAUUCAGUAGUGUCAUCGUGUAGUAUCAAACUAGCUGGACAAAUGCUUUCUUGUGUGAAGACUGCUGAUUCUGCACCCAACAUUAGACCAAUUGGUCCUGUGCCCUCAUGUGUGACAACUGCUGUUUCAGCAGCAAAUUUUAAACCAGCUCUUCCAGUAAUUUCCAAUGUGCAGUCACCUAUACCAGCACCUGUACGACAGUCGCUUAACGUAUUAACGCUUCCACAGAAUUUUAGUUCAGUGACUUUGGGAUCAUUGAGACCAGCAGUGAAUGUUUUUCCUUUACAAAGCAAUCUGAUACCUGUUACAGUAGCUACAGCUGGCCCUGGAGGAGCUCAGAAGCUAGGCCAGGUCAGCCUUGUGCCUGCUACUUUUCAAGUGGCCCAGAAUAAUCUUGCGAUCAGAGCAGUGGGUCCAGUCCUUCCUCAGGCAUUUUUAAUGCCACGAGGAUUGACUAUAGAUCAGACAGUAAGACCCAGAGUUCCAACCAGUUCACAGGCAGUUAAGCAUUUAAUUCAGAACAACAAACAUAUUAAUGGCAUUCCUGCAUACACCUUAACUCCAGUUCAGUUUUCUUUGCCUGUUGCUUCAAGUGCCAUAGCAAACAGCAAAUCUGGCAUGCUUUCUACAACACAAGCACCACUUAAUAUGACCCACACAAAUAUAUCUCAGCAACCACUAAAAGAGCCCUCUGUAAUAACUGUUGCAACAUUGGAUCAGAAACCAGCUCCAUCAGUACCUACAAUUACUUUAAAUUUAGCACCACCGAGUACUAAAGCUCAACAGUGGAAGAGUUGCUCCACAUGUAAUGCAUUGCUGCCAUUGAGUGCUUACGAUAAUCAUGUUGCAACUGCACACAAACUUGAAGAGCCUAAUAAGAAACCUGAACAGCCUAGUGACAAACCUGCGAAGAUUGUAGCAUGUGCUACUUACCUGCAGAGAGUAUAUGUUCAAAAAUGUAGAUGUCUUAUCUGUAGAUGCCAUGUUUAUAAAAAUGUGCUGAUUUCCCAUUUGCUGAUGCAUGGCCUAACUUGUUUGUUCUGCUCCUUGUCAUUCCAUGACCUGUCAGAGUUUUCAGAACAUGUGAAGACCUCACAUGCUGGACUGAGGUUUGAAUGUGUUGAAAAUGUUGAAGAUGGAAUUUCAACUGCCAACCAAGUAAAUAGUGACAACUUUAGCUUAACUGUUAAGUUUCCAGAAGAUAAAAUGGGACCUAAUGAUAUUCACUUGACAGUUAUUCCAAGCAAAUUGUCUUCUCUUUAUGCACCAUUGGUAAUUGAGGUAUGCAGACAAAAGAGAGAGGAAGAUGAAAUCAUAAAAGAGUCACGAAGCUCAAAGUGUCCUAUUUGUUGGAAACAAAUUUUCAAUUUAAAAUAUGAAAAGCAUUUGCAAGAAAGGCACCAUGUAACAUCUAUGGUUCAUCCACUGCUGAAAAAACCAUCGUUUAAGUGUAUUCACUGUUUCGGUGUGUACACAUGUGGCAUGGGACAUUCAACAAUCUCUCUUCAUCUCAUGUGUUGCAGAGGCCUUAAUACACAGCAAAGUAAUGUUGUGCCAAACCACAUGCAGUCAAAGCGUGCAUUUUCGGAAAACAGCAAGAAAUCAUUAAGUGAACUGGUGUCAAAUGGUGAUGGAAAAACUUUGGCAUUGCCAUCUGCAAAACGAUUAAAGACUGAUUUAGUAACAACUGAUUGCGAAGUUUCUCAUGAAACACUGAACGACAUAGCAAACACUUCUCACUCCUUACCUUUACCAGAUCCAUCGACAGUCUUGGCGCUUGUUCCAAAAGGAUUGGCGAAUCGUUCCUCUGAAGAAAGAAAGCAGUUUCUUCUUGACUACUUUCACAAACAACCUUAUCCUACUAAUAAAGAAAUUGAGACAUUAUCUUCAGUCUUGUGGUUGCGCAAGAAAGAUGUUGCUUUCAUCUUUGGCAUGAAACAAAAGUUGUGCUUGAAAGCAAUGAAGUACAAACCAUUUGUACUUUUGGGAUUCAACAUGUCAGAAUUGAAGAAAGUAAAGCACAGUUUAACGUUGGGUCAGAUUUGAUCUGGGGAACAACACUGGUAUGAACAAAAACAAUGUUGAAUCAAAGUGUCCACUUUGGUCAUGUGCUACAAAUACAGGGAGCCAUCCAUCCUCAAAGAAAGUGAAAAAGAGUUAAUGCCCUAUUCAUUUUACUUUACGGGGUGCCUUCCUUUUGGUUAAAAGUUUAAGGUCAAGAUGGAUCUAAGUGGAAAUUUUUAACUUGAAUCCUGCUUAAAGCCAAAAAUGUUGUAAUGUUUAUGUAAAACAACUUUAUAUGGUUGUCCUGUGGUUUGAUUGGAAAUGUAAACGUUCAUAAAGACAGAAAGGGAUUUAUUGGUGUUAAGUACAGAUACGUGGCUUUGCUGUCAAUGUUACAGGAUUGAGUUAAUAUGCAACACUGGCUUUUGCUUGGCCCAGUUUACCAACAUUGAUAUGCAAGGUUUUCAGUGUGAAGUGCUGUAAAUUGGAGGGUGAGAACAGACACUGCAGAGUUGCUUCUAGCAUUGCCUUUUCCUCUUUGCAUAAACCCCACAUUGCCCAUUUUAUAAUUCUAAUGGUCAUGAAGGCUUUAGAACUCAACAUCUUGCCUUGCUUUAUCUGCUUAUCAUCAAAAUGUUUUUACUAUUUAUUUACACAAAUGGUUAAAUAAGACAGUUCUCAUUAUCUAAUAACACUGGACAACAUUUUUUCAAAAGCGUUGCUUCCUCAGAAUUUUUGUUUAUGAUAGACCACUUGAAGCUGAACACAAAUAUAAUUUCAGACUACUUGUGUCACAUAGGAAUUUGGAGAAAUAAGAGAGUAACUUUUAUUGAAUAUAAUGCAUUUAAUUGCAUAAUGAUGCUGAUGCUUUGCAAUAGUUCAACUGAGCUAAAUAUGUUUGGUAAUGAUUUUCAGUUAUACUCAUUGUCUGAGGUUUGUCGCUUAAGUAUCCAGAAUAACCAGCCAGCAUAGAUGGAAUCAAAUUGCCCAGAUGCCAUUUCUCAAUAACCACCAUGUCCUAGUGAAACCUUUCACCAUGGUUGUCACUGACAGCUCCCAAGAUUUUCAGGGAAGAAGUCUAAAUGGGAAUGCAGGAAGUGGAUCUCUAGUGACAGGUUGCACUUCAUGGUUUUGUAUGCUUAGAGUAUGUUGACAACCAGAUGCAUGUAGUUAGGUGCUCUGUAGUUACCAACAAAACUUUCAACAACAUCCUUAAAUGCCUUCCAUGUGAUUUUCUCUGGUCCCACUAAAAGAUUUUUGAAUUGCCUGUCGUUAAUGACCUGUUUAAUUUGUGGGCCAACAAACGUGCCUUCUUUACACUUGGCAUUAGUUAUUCCAGCAAACAUCUGUCUCAAAAAUCAAAAUCCUUCGUGAGAAUUUAUAACCUUUCUGAAGUCUGCCCUGCCAAUGCCCAGGCAAUUUCGUGGUUAUUUUCAUGAUCAGCAGCCCAAAAUCAAUAAGAUGCAUCCAAACAUAUAUUCAGGAAGCAAAAUCUUUGUUGUCCAGUGUAAUUAAUCAUAAUUUGUUCCUUUCUUGUUGAUUUACAAUCAGAUGUAUUUUCAUAAACCAUGGAGACUAAAUAAUUCAAUACAAACUGUAAAUGGCAGGUAGUUGUCAGUAGUUUAUAAUUUUAGAUUUGCUCUAAUCGCACAUGAGCAGUUUUUCACUUAAAUUCCAGAAUAGUAUAUUUUAAAAACCCUGUUACAUGACUAAAGUCUUUUUCGUUGAAUUUGUACUGUGAAGUAUUAGCUAUUUCCUCCCUUCACUUGUCACUUCUGUGACACCGAACAUUAAUACUAUUAAAUAGCCAUUGAAUGCUGUCUGGUCAGAAGACUGCACACCUUGGAACAGUUUAAAAUUUCCAGGUAGCUUAUAUUUGAUGUUCAAACAUGGUUUUGCAUUUAGAUUGUAUGCCUAAAUGGGGACAUAAAUCUAAAUCCAAUUUUAAGUGCUGUUGGAAAUAGCAGCAUUUAUUAGUAUUUUGCUGUUGUGUUUCGGUUUGAACUGUACAUCUUUACUGAUCAGUUUUUUAAAAAAAUGUAUUUGAGUUGAUAUUUGCUACAACAAGCUGAUUUAAUUGUUUGGGAAAGCACCAUUGAAGAGGAUGGAAAAUUUUAACAAAUUACCCAUUACUAAGACAACUCUUCCCCCCACCCUAACCACCUGCCCUCUGCAAAUCACCUGAUGCAAAUGUGGAUGCCAAGGUAGAGUAUUACAGCUUGGAGCAUCGGAGUUUAAUACUGGCGUUCUCUGUAAGGAGUGUGUACAUCCUCCCCAUGGAAUGCAUGGGUUUUCACUGGGUGCUCCAAUUACCACCCACAGUCCAAAGACAUACCCAUUAAUAGGCUAAUUUGUCAUUGUAAAUUCUCCUGUGAUUAGUGCAGGGUUAAAUCGGGGGUUGCUGGGCGGCGUGGGCUCUCAGUGCCUAUUUUCCAUAGAGAUUUGAAUUGUUUCAGGGAAAUCAUAAAGGAGUACUCAUAAACUGAGUAUGGAAUAAUGCAUAAUUGCAGUAUUAUGCAACUGUUAAAUACAAGAUAAAUGUAAGUAGAGGUAUGUAUUAAAACUUGAAAAUAUACUAUCAGUGGUUCUUUUUGAAAAUGUUUAGAAUUGAGAAUUUGACCACAAGUAUGUUUGAUUACUUGAAUCAAGAUACAUGAUAUAGACAAGGAUUUAAAAUGGUUAAGGACAAUCUCUUGGUUUUCAUUUACUUCUACUGCUAACUCUUGAAUUGUCAUGUUCCAAUUGGUGUGUAACCACCUUUCCCUUUGUUCUAUUAGCCUAAGGACCAAAUGUCACCGCAAGUAAAAUGGCAUCAUCCGAGAUGUGAAUUUUUGUUCAUUGUUUGCAAGUAAUAAAGGUGGGAGGAAUCAGUAGUAUAUACUACAAGUGGGCAUCAGAGUUUAUAAAACUAUUGUAGGCUGAGUUACUGAAAGGAGGAAAAGGAAGUGAAUAAUGUAGCAAUAAAUACAAACUUUAAAAACUGUAGAUGCUGAAAUUCUGAAAAUUUUCUUCCCACAACUGACAAAAGCUGUGCAUUCUAAUGCUGCAAAAACUUAACAUGUCUAAUCACUAUCAGUCCAGAAGUGAACCAGCAAAGGUACGCACUAACAUAGUUACUCAUUUAUUUAGAGGUUAAGCGCAGAAUAGGCCCUUAAAGCUCUGUAAUUACAGGAUAAUUUGCAAUGACCAAGUAACCUACCAACCUGUACGUCUUUGGACUGUGGAAGGAAACUGGAGCUCCUGGAGGAAUCCCAUGUCAUCAGGGAGAGAACGUACACGCUCCUUACAGGCAGUGGCAGGAAUUGAACCUAGUUCGCUGCUACUGAAAACAUGCUAACCACUAUGCUGCUGUGUUUGUAUGUGCAACCUCUGUGUUGUGUUGACAAUUUGUGUGCAGUUUGUUAGUGUUGUAAUUAAUUGUAUAUAGUAAUACAAAAUACUUGUUUUUUAAAAAGCAUUUUCAGUACUUGUGCAGUGAUUUAUUUUGAAAAAUGUCGCUUUUCAUCCAGGGUGGAAAUCCUUUUUAUGAAAUAUUAUUAAGGUUUUAAUAACCUGGUGUUGAAGCUGUUUUUAUAUUCAUUGUGAGUAGUUGAAAUAAAAAAAAAUGCAUAUUUGCAGUUUUUUGGUAGCAUUUGAUCAAUAUUCUCAUUUUAUACAGAUAGGUGACAUGAUAUAUUUGUCACAUCAACAGAAAUGUUAAAUCAUUUAAUUUCUGUAUCACAGUUGAUGAGAAUCCAGAUCAGGUUUAUUGACACUGCCACGUCGUGAAAUUUGUUUUGCGGCAGAACAAUGUAAUACAUAAAUUGUACUGAGAUAAUAAAUGUUAAAUGCAUUGAUUUAAUUUUUAAUAUUAUCGUAAGAAGAGCAAAAAUUGAGGUAGUGUUUAUGGAUUGGUUCAUUAUCUGUUCAGAAAACUGGAGAAGGCAUCUCUAAAAUGUUGAAUGCAUGUCUUCAGGCUCUUGUACCUCCUGUCUGAUGGUAGUAAUGAAAAGAGAACACAUCUUGGGUUGUGAGGGUCCUUAAGAAUGGAUGCCACCUCUUUGAUGCAUCAACUAUUGAAGAUGUUUUUGAUGGUGGGGAGGCAGGUGAUCAUGAUGGAGCCGGCUAUGCUGAAAACUCUGCAGCUUUUUCCAAUCCUCUGCUUCUCCAUAGCAGAUGAUGAUGCAACCAGUUAGAUUGCGGUCCAUGGUACAUUGUGGAAAUUGGCUAAAUCUUUAGUGACAUACCAAAUUUGCUCAAACUGCUAAUGAAAUAUAGCUACUAACUUGCCUUUGUUGUAAAUAUACGAUUAUGUUGGACCCAGGAUAAAUCUUAAGAGGUGUUGACACUGAGGAACUUGAAACUGCUCACCAUUUCAACUGCUGACCCCUUGAGGACUGGUCUGUUCCCUAGACUUCCCCUUCCUAAAAUCCACAAUCAAUUCCUUGGUCUUACUGAUGUUGAAACAGCGCUCAACCAGUGAUCUCAGGCCUGUACGCUUUGUCACCGUCUGAGACUGAUGACAACAGUUACGUCAUCUGCAAAUUUAUAGAUGGCAUUUGCCACAGUUAUGGAUGUAAAGAGAAUAGAAUCACGGGUUAAACAUAUAUCCUUGAGGUGCACUGGAGUUGAUUAUCAGUGAGGGGACGUUAUUUCAGAUCCACACCGACUGUGGUCCCCCAAUGAGAGUCGAUCCAGUUGCAGUGGAAGGUACAGAGGCUCAGGUUUUUGACACUUGUAUUGAGGGGAUGAUGGUGUUGAACACUGAGCUGUAAUCAAUAACAGCCGCCUGGUGUAAGCAUUGCAAUUUGCAAGUGGUCCAAGGCUGAGUGGAGAGCCAGUGAGAUUGCUGUAGACCUACUGUGGCUUUAGGCAAAUUAUUGUGGGUCCAGGUCCUAGCUUAGGCAGGAGUUAAUUCUACCCAUGAUUAACCUCAGAGCACUUCAGUAGAUGUGAGUGCGACUGGGUGAUGGUCAUUGAGGCAGCUCGCCCUACUUUUCUUGAACACUGGUAUGAUUAAUGCCUUUUUGAAGCUGGUAGCUACCUUUGGCUGCAGCAGUGGGAGAUUGAAGAACAGUCCCAUCAGUGGUUGGCACAGAUUUUCAGUGCCCUACCAGGUACACAAUCGGGGCCAGACACAUUGUAGGGGUUCAGCCACUUGAAAGACUAUCAGCCUGUGAAAUCACAGGGUCACCAUAUGCUGCAAGGAUUCACAUGAGUUUUACUCUCAGGGCAUGCAUUGAGAUCAUCUGGGAGUGAAGCAUCACAGUCAUUUGUGUUAGGUUUUGCUUUGUAGGAAGUAAUGACCUGCACACCCUGAUCUCUAACUUCACUCAGAAUUGCAUUUUUGUUCUUGGAAUAACCUUCUGUAGGUUAUACCUGGACUUCUUGUAGAGUUCUGGAUUACUAACUUUGAACACCACAGAUUGAGCCUUCAGCAGACAGGAAAGCUCCUGGUUUGAAUGCCUGGUCAUCCACACAGGUCUUCAUAAACUUGGUGCCCAACUAUGACAUUCAUUUAGAUCCAAAUGAAUCCUUGAAUAUAGUUCAGUCCAUCCAUUCAAAGCAGUCCUGUAAACGCUCCCAUGCCAUCUUUGACCAUACCUUUGUGAUCCUCGCCAUUGGAGCUCUAGUUCUAGGUCUGUACCUGUAUGCUAAGAGUAGAUGUACAGCUAGAUGUUCAAACCUUCCAAAGUGCAAGCAUGGGAUGGCACAGUAAGCAUUUUUGAUGGUUCUAGAACAGUGGUCAAAUGUGUUGGCUCUGCUGAUUCCAGUAGUGACGUAAUUUGGAGACUUCCUCAAGCAAGCCUGGUUGAAGUUACUCGCAAUGAUUGUGAAGGCAUCAGAGUCUUGUGUCUGCUACUCAUGGUUCUCAGCUUCCUCAGUGCUGGCCUGACAUUGGACAGGUGGAAUGUAGACUGCCAUCAAGAUGAUGGCAAAAAAAUCCCUUAGCAGAUAAGAUGGACAACACUUGACCUCUAGAUGUUCCAGGUAGGGCGGAGUAGAACUGAGAACUGCCAUGCCUGUGCAUCUUGAUAAAUUAAUCCAGUACAGAUUUGUUAAUGCAUUUUGCUUGACCUCAUGUAAGCACGUAAGACCUACAGAAUCCCAUUCAUUUACAAGGCAACCUGUAAUACAGUUAACUUACAAUCAACUGUAGAAAUGCUGUAGUCAGGUAGCACGGAUAUUGGCUAUUUGGCUCACUCAUGCCAAUAUCAAUUAUCCUAUUUGUAAUGCUAUUAACCCUAACCACUUGGUCUAUAGUCCUCUCUGCCUUGAAUAUUUAAAUAUACAUCUAGAUACAAAAAUAUUGAUCGGCCUUAUUUCUAGCAGUGAUGAUACAGCCUACAGAGGAAUGGUCAAUGUCCUGACACAGUGGUGCCAAGAUAAGUUCUCCCUCAAUGUCCAAAAAACAAAAGGGCUGAUCAUGGAUUACAGGAGGAAUGGAGACAGGCUUGCCCUGAACAUCAAUGGGACUGCAGUUGAGAGGGUGAGUAGUUUCAAAUUCUUCUGUAUACAUAUCACCAAAGAUCUCACCUGGACUGAACACACCAGCUGCGUGACAAAAAAAAAGCACAGCAGCGUCUCUUCCACCUUGGCCAACAGAAGUUUGGCAUGAGCCCCCAAAUCCUCAAGACCUUCUAUAGGGGCACCAUUGAGCAUCCUGACUGGCUGUAUCACCUCCUGUUACAGGAACUAUGCCAACCUUUAUCACUGGGCACUGCAUAGAGUAGUACAGACAGCCCAGUACUUAUGUGGAUGUGAACUUCCCUCCACUGAGGACACUUACAGCAGCAGGUGCAUAAAGAAGGCCUGGAGGAUCAUCGGGGACACCAGUUACCUCAACCACAAAGUGUUCCAGCUGCUUUCAUCUGGCAAAUGGUACAGCAGCAUUAAAUCCAGGAAUAACAGGCUAUGGGACAGCUUCUUUCUACAAGCCAUUAGACUUAUAAAUUUGCAUGUCUGUACAUUGCGACAGAGUCAUAACACAAAGAUUUUUACUUACUUUGUGGGAAGGAUGUAAGAUUUAAAUAAAUACAAUUCAAUUAAAUAAUGAGUUUCUGUUUUCAUCACACCUGAAGGCAAUGUAUUCCAAAUUCCAAACACAUAAUGAGUGGAAGAAAAUCUUUCUUACAUCUCUUCUAAGCUUUCUGCACCUUACCAUGAACUUGUAACCCCAGUUAUAGGUGUUAUGUUUUGUAACUUUAAAACAUUAAUUCAAAGGAAGACGUGGGAGUCUGGGAAUGCAGGUCUUACUUAAAAUUUACUUUUAGCUAGGCGCUCACUUAUGUGCUAACGUGAUAGCAGGAUGUUCUAUGCAAUUAACAUUUUUACAUGUAAGCCAUAACUAAAUGAACAAGAUUGCUUAAUUAUGCAAUAUACAUACAGAGCCUGUAAAAUUAUUCACCCACCUUAGAAGUUUUCAUGUUUUGUUUUACAAUAUUGAAGCACAGUGGAUUUAUUUUGUUUUUUUUUACUCUUGUCAAAGUGAAAAUGUAUCUCUACAAAGUGAAUUAAGUCAAUUACAAAUAUAAAACACAACAUAAUCGAUUGCAUAAUUACUCACUCCCUCAAGUUAGUAAUUAGUAGAUGCAACUUUGGCUGCAAUUACAGCCUUGAGUCUGUGUGGAUAGGUCUCUAUCAGCUUUGCAUAUCUGGAAACUGCUACUUUUCCCCAUUCUUCUUUACAGAAUUGCUCCAACUGUGUCAGGUUGCAUGGGGAUCAUAAAUGAAUAGCACUUCUCAAGUCCAGCCAUAAAUUCUCGAAUGAUUGAGGUCUGGACUCUGACUUGGCCACUCUGUAACUUUGUUGUUUUUAAGCCAUUCCUGUAUAGCUUUGGCUUUAUGCUUGGGGUCAUUGUCUUGCUGGAAAAUAAAUUUUCCACCUCCAAUUUUCCACCGUAACUUCCGCCACCUCCAACGGGAUCCCACUACCAAGCAAAUCUUUCCCUCCCCCCCCCCUUCCUGCUUUCCGCAGGGAUCGCUCCCUACGCGACUCCCUUGUCCACUAAUUCCCCCCCCAUCCCUUCCCACCGAUCUCCCUCCUGGCACUUAACCUUGUAAGUGGAACAAGUGCUACACCUGCCCUUACACUUCCUCCCUCACCACCAUUCAGGGCCCCAGACAGUCCUUCCAGGCGAGGCGACACUUCACCUGUGAGUCGGCUGGUGUGGUAUACUGCGUCCGGUGCUCCCGGUGUGGCCUUUUAUAUAUUGGUGAGACCCGACGCAGACUGGGAGACCAUUUUGCUGAACACCUACGCUCUGUCCGCCAGAGAAAGCUGGAUCUCCCAGUGGUCACACAUUUUAAUUCCAUGUCCCAUACCCAUUCUGAUAUGUCAGUCCAUGGCCUCCUCUGCUGUCAAGAUGAAGCCACACUCAGGUUGGAGGAACAACACCUUAUAUACCGGCUGGGUAGCCUCCAACCUGAUGGCAUGAACAUUGACUUCUCUAACUUCUGUUAGUGCCCCUCCUCCCUUUCUUACUCCAUCCCUGAUAUAUUUAGUUUUCUCCCCUCCUUUAUUCCCUCUCUCCUUCUGCCCAUCACUCUGCCUGUUUUCCAUCUCCCUCUGGUGCUCCCCUCCCCCUUUCUUUCUCCCUAGGCCUCCCGUCCCAUGAUCCUUUCCCUUCUCUAGCUCUGUAUUCCUUUUGCCAAUCACCUUUCCGGCUCUCAGCUUCACCCCACCCCCUCCAGUCUUUUCCUAUCAUUUUGCAUUUUCCCCUCCCCCUCCUACUUUCAAAUCUCUUACUAUCUUUCCUUUCAGUUAGUCCUGACGAAGGGUCUCAGCCCGAAAUGUCGACAGUGCUUCUCCCUAUAGAUGCUGCCUGGCCUACUGAUUUCCACCAGCAUUUUGUGUGUGUAACUCUUCUUCAAUCUGUGCUUGUCAUUCACUGAUUCAAUUUAAAAUUGUACAUCGUUACCAUUUGAUGAAGGAGAGACUUUCUAAAAUAUUUCCCAAUGUUGACAAGUUUUGUGAUAGAUGUAAAACUGAGAUAGCUACUCUGACACAACAUAUGGUCUGGUCAUGUCCUAUAUUAAAACAGUUUUGGAAGUCAGUCUUUUCGACAAUUUCUAAAGCACUCAGAAUCAACAUACAACCUAAUAAAUUUACUGUGCUUUUUUGAAUAAUUCCUCAAAAUAUCCAUGGUAUUUCUGUGUCUGCCCAACAUGUUAUUGCGUUUGUUACAUUGAUAGCUAGGAGGACCAAAUUGUUGAAAUGGAAGGAUAUAUCAGCUCUUAAUCUGUCACAAUGGUUCUCUCAAGUGAUGCUGUGUCUUAGCUUGGAGAAAAUUAGAAGUCAAACCUUUGAACCUUCAUUUGAUUUUGAGAAGGGAUGGGGCUCAUUUGCUCAUUAUUAUCAUUUCAGUUAACUGAUAGAUUUCCUCCAUGAUCCAAGUGUAAAUUUUUUUUUCUUGAUGUAUCUUUCUUGUUGGCGGCUUGAUGUUUAUGUUUAGAAGCUUUCUGUAUGACGCACGGCUCUGGGGUUGUACCCACAAAGGGUUUCUUUUUUUCCCCCUCACUUUUCUUGCUUAGUGGGGUUUUUUUAUUCACAAAAAUUUUCAAUCUUUAAGAUUUCUUUUUUUUGAGGCAUUGUAAGUGUUGUUACUUUGAUGUACCUGUGUUACUUUUGAAUAAUAAUAAAAAGAUUUGAAAAGGAAGUAAUACAACUUUCAACAAUGAGAUGGAUCACCAAUAUACCUCUGCUUGUAGAUGACGGUGAUUUUGCUGUUCAAGGCCCGUUUGCAGGAGUUAUAUUCUUCUCAGCUUCUUUGACUGUCUCAGGCUCUCUGGCUUGCUGUCAUCCACAACCUCUGAGCUUGAGGACCAGAUAUUCUGGGAGAUUGUGCUUUUUGUGUCCUGCCAAUCACAAGGCUGGCAUGGAAGGAUUUGCAGAUCCUCAAUAUACUUGGCUUUACCGAACUGUGCUCUUCCAGUUUUGGGUAGAUGGAGCUCGCCAGCCUGGGAAGACAGUCCAUCUAAGAGGGAAAAUUCUAGUUUCAAACCUCCGCUGCUUUGCGGCCGUACCCACUCAUGGGAAAGGCUUCAGGAGUAAACCCUGAGGACAAAUCCAGAGUUGGAGUCCCUAAGGCAGUCCGAUGUUGUCUUCAACCUCGUUCUGGUGACUCCUGUGACGACAUUGGUGCCAAGCUGCAUCGGCCCUUGCCCUUCCCUUGGACAACGUCAGUGGCUUGGAGAGGGGAGACUUGCUGCUUGGGCAACUGCUGGUCUCCCAUACAACCUUGCCCAGGCCUGCACCCUGGAGAGACUGAAGCAAAAUUUCCAGGUGCAGAUUCAUGCUCUCGCGAGACUAAUGGAUGCCAUCCAGUGCUCUUCCAGUUGCAAAGUCCCUCUGUGUCUUGUCCUGCUCCAUGAAACAGUUAAGAUUGGAAGAUGACCCUGGAGAAUUCAGAAGCAAAGAUCGAGGUUCACUGGUCCUUACUGGAGAUCCUUCUGCAAACUAAACUCCCUCAAUUAGUGAAGAGCAAAUGCUGCAUGAUUACCUGGAACUGAUGUUCACUAUAUCACUCCUUUAUCCUCUGAUCACCUUUGACAAUGAUGAACUGUCUUGAGUGUCUCCCAC